AUGACUGACGGAUGGAAAGAGGAAACGCCGGCCCUCGAGGAGGUCUUCAUUCCUGCCCCGACUUUUCCAAGCCGAGACCCCACAAGGUCGGCGUUGGUCGGUACAUGUGGAUACGUAACUCUCUUCCCCUCACGCCGGGACAGGACCCGAGGGGAAAAGUCUCGAGACUCUCCCGUGCACGCCAGUCGGUCGCAAGGUCCAACUUCCGGAUUCCGGGAUUGGCCGAACGGGGGAAAGGGCAGUCCUGCGGCUAGACCUUACUAUGUAGAGACUACAGACUGUAAGACUCGAGUGCCCGACCCUUCCACUCGCCCCCUGGCUCUCCCACCCCUCCCACCCACAUCCAGUUUGGCGGGCCACAAAGCCAGAGACCAGGGCACACGCGAAGCACUCCGACGCACGCCGCUUUCUUCCCGACAUACCUACAGCACCAUCCCGCAGCGAAGACUCAGUCAGCCAACUUCCCCAUCCCAUCCAUCCCGCCCGUAUCGCGCCUGUGCUGCAAGCCUGCACCUCUACGCCGAUCACUCAUCCGAGUCCACCCCAAGGCGCUUCCGCGAUCGAAAUACCGCGCGCAGGAUCGAGACUGCCUCUUCACCCCGCCGAACACCAUAUAUCACCCACGAUAACGACCCUUCUGUUACCGUCACCCCUCGUUUCCCUGAGCGACGUUUCUACAUACACACUGACGAGCCCACAAACAACGGAAUCCCGAUUUUGAGUGCCCCUCUCGCCUCGCUGCGGCUCCUCAUUUCUCUUCCCCGUACGAAACCGUGUUGCAGCGCAAGCUUGGACGUCUUGCCCCAGGAUCGACCCGGCUCGGGCACGGAUGACAGCAUAAACCCCAGCAACCUAGAGGGAUAUCAUACCGGAGAAUAG